AUGUCAGACUCUCAGACGACCGACUCCACCCCAAAUGGCAAAAUCAAUGGAAAUUUGCCGGAAGCAGGACCGGCAAUCCCUCGCCUUAACGUCGAGAAGCUCCACUCCUUACCUUCAGAACAACAAGACCUCUACCUGUUCACAUUUGCGGUCGAGUUCGAACGAUACGUCACACGCCUUGAUUAUGAGGUGCUCUCCACCCAGCAAUCGCCUUUGAACGAGCAAAUCCUCCAGAUCAUCAACCUUCCUUCUCCAUAUCCGUCGAAAGCGGUACGGAGCAACAUUGGACGGGCUUUAGCAUGCAUCCUUGGCAAUGGAAAUAGAAGAACCCUUUUCGAGUCUGUCAAUCAAUUGAUAGGCAUCGUAAAUGCGGGCAAAAAUGAUAGGACCUUGGCAAACAAGCAUGCGGCAGUUUAUUGCCUAGGGGAAGUCUACAAGGCGGCUGGAGAUAGCGCCAUCAACCUUUCGAGUCUGGCAUGCUCGAGUCUUCUGAAGCUUCUCAAGCCGGCGCAGUACCACGCGGGCUUACGAGCAGCAAUAUUCCAGGCACUAGCUAAAGCCGUCAAAGCAGUUGAGAAAGCCCUCGACGAGUCAGUUGCCAGAGAUAUCUGGAAGCAGGCUCGAAAAGCUGCUGGAGAUGACAAAGCUGCCCUUGUACAAGCCAGGGCUUGUGGUUGCCUUGAGGCUCUGAUCAAGAACACGAGAUUCUUCGACACCACUAGUCAUUUCGAAGAUGUUCGAAUGGCAAUAUACAAGGCGAGCGAGACUCAUAUACCAACAACACGCCAUGCUGCCGCCUCCUGCCUAGCAGCUGCUUUGGUUAAAGCAUACUCCGGUAGUAUACUACCAAAAUCAGUAUCGAAGCCUAAGAAGAAGAAGACCGCAGUGCAAGCUCAAGAUGAAGUCAUUGAAAAUGGGAUUAGCGAAGAUGUACGGCCCAGCUCUCCUCCGGCCAACAAAAAGAUUGUGGAAAGGCUAGAGUUAUCUUUGUAUGACAUUCUGAAGCAUCUUUCGAACAAGUAUACUUUUCCAACAACAAGCAAUAGAAUGCGGGCCACCAUGGUUCACUGCUAUCUUAAGGUGCUUUCUAGCCUUGGUCCUUCGAAUGUUGAGCCAGCCUCUAAUUUGGUCAUUGAUCAUCUGUUGUCAGAAUUGCUUGGGAACCCAUCCAUUACCCAUGACCGUUACAAGUUACUCCUGACUCGACAGUACGUGCAACGAAUCUUGGUCGACUGCGUAGGUCUCAAGGUACUCGGAGAGGCCGGUCGCAUGAACAUUGCAAGGUCAUUGAUCAAUGGUGUGCUGAAGAAUUUCCCACAAGUUGUCAAAGAAAUACCAGCGCCGUCGAAACACGCGCUGGUCAGUGCUCUCGAAGCAUUAGCCACUCUGAUUAGAUCACUGGGAUCUGCUUUUCGACCACAAGCUGACCCAUGCAGGGAAGCACUUGUACAAGUCCUAGAGCAUCCAAGUUACACAGUGCAGGUCUACGCUACACACUGUCUACGUGCCCUUGUGCGUACAUGCCCGCAACAGCUUAUCUUAUGUGCUUCGAUAUGUAUGAAUAAUGUAGUGCGAGAACUUGGGCUUCUUGAGUCUGGGUCACCCGGAAGGAAUGGUCAUCGUCGGUGUGUGGGAUAUGCCAAUGGAUUGGCAGCAGUCAUCAGCGUUUCUCCGUCACAGCCACUCUAUGGCUCGCUUGAGAUUAGUUCUCGAGUUUUGGGUAUUGCAACGAAGCUUCUGAAAUCAAGCAGUCAGGCAGAUCUACGAAUAGCAGACACCCAAGUACAAGUCGCCUGGAUACUCAUAGGUGGUCUCAUGGCCCUCGGUCCCAACUUUGUCAAAAUUCAUCUUGCCCAAUUCCUGCUACUAUGGAAGAACGCUUUGCCAAAGCCCCUGACCAAAGACAAUACGAAGCAACGGCAGCCUGCUGAGCUUCAUUACUUGACCUCUAUUCGGGAGUGCACUCUCGGAUCGAUACUCCUUUUUCUUGAAUUCAACAGCAAGUUGAUCACAACUGAUGUUGCUAGACGCCUGACGACACUGUUACAUAACACAGUGGAAUUCCUGAAUAGUCUACCCGCGCGAAAGCUCAUUGACGAUGGUACUCAUAGAUCGACGUCUUCUCUCACGAUCCAAGAUCUGAUAUUAAUGGUAAGACGAAGAGUCUUGCAAUGCCAUUCUAAAUUAGUCAUCGUUAGCCCUCACAUUAGUGCUGAAAUUCUAUCCCAAUCCAGCCUUCUCACCUUCGCAACUACAAUCAUUGCUGAUCCCGAGAGUUAUACACCAGGGUCUUUGAGCUCUUCGAUUGCAAACACUUCCGGAACAUUCGAUUCCAUAUGGGAUGUGACUGAUAAUUCAGGAUUUGGUAUCAGCGGUUUGGUCAGUCCGCAUAACUUACGACCAAUCGCAGGAGAAGUGCCUUGUCAAGCUGACAACUUGACCACGGCCACAAGCGUUGAUCAGAAGCUUACAAGUCCGAUUUGCGGAGGUAGAGAGCAUGAUUCUGUCUUCCUGCAUAUAACGCCGCUGGAUGCUUCAGCAAACCUGCCUGAUCCUCCAGCAACUGAAGUGGUCAACGCAGCAAUCUCUCUCUUCGCCGUAGCUUUUCCUCUGCAGACUCCGAAAAUACAGGAAGGUAUUCUUGAGCAGAUCGCUUUGUUUUUAGCUUCACCAUCAUUGCAGAAGGAUCCAGGCAGGAGGGCUGCUAUCACUGUUAAUGCUGCAAUGGCUUUGCUCGCUACUAUAAAAGUGACAGUCGGCGAAACAUUGGCAGAGAAAGGUGACACCAAGAGUCAAACGGUCGAAAGGGCGAUGGAAGAGCUCAUGCGCACGCUGCUUCUCAACCCAGACAACACGAUUCGGAAGAUCGCAUAUGAAAGCAUUGGUAGACUUUGCAAUAGCGCUGGCAAUGCUUUCACUUCUGCCGAAGUUGACAGCCUCAUCGAGACCAUAGUAGCAAACCGGGAUCCAAGCGCGCGCGCGGGCUGCUCCAUGGCACUUGGAUCCAUUCAUGAGCAAGUCGGUGGCCUAGCAGCUGGUUUACAUAUGAAAAAAAUUCAUGGUAUUCUCAUGUCACUGUGCAGCGAUCCGAAUUCCGUGGUACAUUCAUGUGCCAUCAAAGCUUUGUCACAGGUCGCAGAAUCCGCGGGUCUGACCUUUUCUGGGAACGUCCCAAGUACUUUAGGACUUCUUGCCCAAUUGUGGACAUCCGACAGCCAUAAUGAGCAGUCCGAGUCAGCUACGACCUCAAAUCUUGAAGUCGAAGGCCCAACAGCAAUAGUCAUAGCGCAUUGUCUCGACGCUUUAAUCAAUGUGCUGGGUCCAGAUAUUCAAGAUAUGAGCAAAGUCAGAGAGCUCAUGCUUACUCUCAUGAGACAGUUUGAGGCUGAUGAAGUUUCCGAGGUACAAAUCAAGAAUUUGAAAGCGUGGGAACACAUGAAUCUCUACGACUCGGUCAAUGUAGAUCUCUCGACUUACGUAUUUCGGCUACAGAGAAACCUUGAUUCUUCAAGUAGAGGCGUAAGAAAUUCAGCAAUAGAUGGGCUCUACAAUCUGAUGCGACGAGAUGCGGAAAUGAUCAUCGGUAUAGGCAAUCAGAAGCUCGAAGAUCAAAUAUGGAUGGCGCUCAAUGAGGAGCCGCAACACGAAGGCUUGCAGAAUAUUAUUGCGGUCUGGCUAAGUCAAUCUGGCACCACUGAGACGGACAAAUGGAUCACACGGUGUCAGCAAGUACUCACUAAGAUCUCAAAGGAGCCAGUGGAGAGCAAUCAUGUCCCAGAGCCAAAAUCUGCAGCUCCAGAUCUUCAAGAUGAAGAAGUAGCCGGCUUCAAUGUGGGCGAAAGCAAAGACCAAGUACCAGGUGUACCUGAAGCAGCACAAGAAUUACUUCGAUGGCAAGUGCGUACGUUCGCAAUGCAAUGCCUUAAUAACAUGGUUGGGCUUGUUGGUAAGGACAUAGAAGGCAACCCUGAUUCUCCGGCGGGUCUAGUGCUACAGAAUAGAGUAGCUGAUGUAAUACGCUUGGGAUUUCUCGCCUCGACAGCGAAUGUCGUCGAGCUCCAGGUUGGUGGACUUAAGCUGAUUGAUCAGAUAUUGAAGAUCUUUGGUUCUAUUCCUGAUCCAGAUUUUUCAGAAGCUCUACUGCUUGAGCAAUAUCAGGCUCAAAUCAGUUCUGCUCUGACGCCCGCUUUUGCAGCCGACUCUUCCCCAGACCUUGCCUCAGCGGCUGUCAACGUCUGCGCCACCUUUCUCUCUGCAGGCCUUGUCACUGAUGUUGAGCGUAUGGGUCGAAUCUUGAAGCUGCUCGUAACGGCUUUGGAAAGCUUCACAGAUGACGCACAGGACUCUGCAGUCGGUGAUCUAAGGGGGCUGAGUACUAAUGCACAAACAAUGAUUAAGCUCUCGGUGCUGUCAGCUUGGGCAGAAUUGCAAGUGGCGAGUACACAUCACGAAUACCUCGUGAAAGUAGUGCAAGGCCACGUCGCGCAAUUAACGCCACUAUGGCUUUCUUCUCUUCAAGAAUUUGCUCGGCUACGAUUUGAGCCCGACAUUUCUAGUACCACCGGGCCGGCUAGACCAGACGAGGCUCUUGAUGUUGUGUACGCUGCCCUCAAUCGGCAGACACUACUGAAGGCAAGUCGCUGUCUCCUUCACAUGGAGAGACAGAUGAUUGACGUCUCUGCACUUGUCGAAGCAAUUGCCAGUCUGAUAGACCAAGAUAGCGACUUCGUUUUCAAUGCCUUGGAUGGCAAGGUAGGCGACUCACAGCCAACAUACAACAAAGCUGAACGAGAUGAUAUUAAUUAUCGCGAUGAACCUGCUGCGUUCUUCUUUGUACUAUUUGGCAUUGUUAUAGAAGCAUUGACAAUCAGACCAGGAAGUGAUACUCAGCAAGGAAGUGCACAUACUAUUGAAAUUCUUUCGGCGCUCGGGAGAAUCCUCAAGCCUUCUGUGGCAGGUAACGCCAUCUUUCAAGAUACAGUUUUCUCCGAGACUAUGGAGCUGUUCGAUCGACUAGCCUUGACUGAAGGCCUGGAAGUACAGCUUACUAUAGUAGGCAUUGUCAAAGACAUGUGUAUUAUGCAUCCAUCGGCAAAAAGCGACCACGAGAGCGAAGAACAUCUUUCCGAAGACAUAGAGCAGCUUUUUGAGUUGACUCGAAUCAUCGUUCUGGUCAUUGCUGGUGUUCUGCCAAAUCUAUCAGAACAAAACCCUUCAGCACGUCCCCAACUUCCAGAGGAAAGCGUUACCGUGAUUCAGAAAUCACUCGAAGCCCUCGUUGACGCGGCCGAGAUCUUUCCCUCAGUCAUCAAGAACGAUCUCCACGCCAGCAUUCUGCAUAUCUUCGCCACAAUCCUGGGCACUGGCGCCUGCCAAGCCACCGUUGUACCCCAAGCCCUCCCUGUCUUCAAACGCUUCCUUCAACGAAUAUGCGCAUCAGACCGCAUCAGCUCAUCUAGCUGUGACCUUGUCCGGGGAUGUCUCCACCGCUUCCUCUUCAUCCUUUCUCACGCCCAGCGCCGAGAAAGCGAAAGCUCCCUGCCAUGCGCAAAGAAUACUAUGCUGGCAUGCACUAUCCUGCUAACCACGGCAUCGCGCGCCUUUGAAACCAACGAUCCUCUCAUUGAGCGUACCUUGGACGCCAUUCGCGACUGCUUACAAGACGUUGGGUUGGCGAAGGUAGCUGCCAACUGUCUUCGCUCGCUGAUUCUUGUCAGCCCAAAGAAUGCAACGGACGAAGCUAUUGCGCAGAGACUCAUUCCGCACCUAAUUCAUUUCACCGUCGACACUGAGCUCAAAGAUCCGGAAGGAGCAAGGUCAACAACGGCGCAAGCGUUGACGUCCUUUGUGGGGAUAUACGAUGAAGAAAAAGCGGCACCUGCAAUGUGCCUCGUUCUACCGGUGCUACUCACGCGGGCGGCAAGCGAGGGCAAGGAAGUGUACCCGCAGAUAGCGACAAGAUUGCUGGAGCUAGCGGGAGGUAAGUUGACGAGUGUAUUCAGAGCAGUUGUGGGGAAGAUGAGCGUGGAGCAGAGAGGGUUCAUGGAGCGAGUCAUCAGAGAGGGGGAGGUGUGA